CUCCUCCUGCUCUUCGCACGCUAAUAUCUUCAGCAUAAAUUACAUGUAAGCAUACACUACAUUCGCGAAAAAUGGCAGCUGACGAAUAGAGGAAAAAAAAGUGGAUCUUCACUCGAAAAAAGACGGCACUUGAUAAAAGUACACGGGCCCAGAAACGAUUCCGGGUGGACGUCCUGCGGCUUGGUCAACAUCAUAAGCUCAGCAUCGCUGGUCAUCAUGGGGAAGUCUCCGCUAAAAGAACCAAAAGAUGGGAAAAAGGAGAAACCAGGGAAGACUGUGCCACCAACGGGUACAACGCCUGCGGCAACGAAAGAUGCUUUCAGCUGGGAAGAUUAUCUCAAAGAAACAUCGUCUACACCGGCUCCACCCAGCUGCUUCCGUCAGGCCAGAAUUCCACCCACCAAUGACUUCAAGGUUGGAAUGAAGCUGGAGGCCCACGAUCCACGCAACUCCACCUCAGUAUGUAUCGCCACAGUGAUGGGUUUAACGGGAGUUCGUCUGCGGCUCCGUCUGGAUGGCAGCGACAACAGUAACGACUUCUGGAGGCUCAUCGACUCCUCUGACAUUCAGCCCAUCGGCACCUGCGAGAAGAACGGAGACAUGCUGCAGCCGCCUCUGGGUUUUCGAAUGAACGCCUCCUCGUGGCCCAUGUUCCUCUUGAGAACGUUAAACGGAGCAGAGAUGGCGCCCGUGAUGGCCUUCAAAAAGGAGCCGCCAAGGCCUCCGCAGAAUAACUUCAAGCCGGGCAUGAAGCUGGAAGCCGUGGACAAGAAGAACCCGUACCUCAUCUGCCCCGCCACCAUCGGAGAGGUGAAGGGCGACGAGGUCUUCAUCAUGUUUGACGGCUGGCGGGGCGCCUUCGAUUACUGGUGCAAGUACGACUCCCGAGACAUCUUCCCAGUGGGAUGGUGCUCUCUCACCAAGCACAACCUUCAGCCGCCAGGCAACAGUGUGACUCUGCCAAAGAACCUGCAGAUUCUCCCGAUGUCUCCCUCCAAACCGAGCAGGCGCUCCAUGCAGUCGCAUUACCGGCUGCCCAACCCUCUGCCACCUCUGCCGGUCAGGAAGGGGGUCCGGGGCCGCCGGCCCAAGAACGAGACCAUCGCUCUGCUCAAGGCCGUGGCCGAGGCGGCGGCCAGCCAGAACGGAACCGUGCCCGAAGACACCCAGCUUGUGGCCCGGGUUCAAAAAAAGAGAGGGCCCAAACCUGGAAGCAAGAGAAAGCCCAAGAUUCUCCAAGCACUUACACAUCUCCCAAGCAUCCAGGUUCCUCAAGAAAGCCCCCCCAGCCUCAACUCGGUGGUCUCAACAGUGUGUGUGUAUGUGAACAAGCAUGGGAACUGCGGCCCCCACCUGGACAGGAAACAGAUGCAGCAUCUGCCAGACCACUUUGGUCCCGGGCCUGUGAACAGCGUGCUCCAGCAGGUGGUCCAGUCCUGUAUAGACUGCGCGUACCAGCCUAAAGUCCUGCUCAGCGCGCUGCAGUCAGAUUCAGGAGGCGGGGAGGUCGUCAAAGUGAGAACAGACGGAGGAGUUCGAGUGGUCCGACUACCGGCAGCUUCCAGUGCUUCCUUCGUGCUGCGCUUCCUGGAGACCAUGUGUCGUCAUCUGCAGUGCGACAACCUGUUCAGCAGUCAGCCGUUCAGCCACUACGCUGCUUACGACAGGAACAAGUCAGUGAAAGAAGAAGCGCUGGACGCACCAUCUCUGGCUCGGGGCAGUAAACGAAGUCUUUCCGGAGUCUCUCCUCCUUAUGCAGCGCCGCUCUCUCCUAAACAUUUACGCGCUGAAGCCCACCCCUCAGAAGCAGAGACUCUGCCCCACGAGGAGAACGGCCUCAUGAAGGAGCAGCGCUACAUGGACUCCGCCUCCAACUCCAUGACUCCUCGGGCCCAGCCGAUGCGGAGCUCGUCCGAGUAUCACUCCAAGGCCAGCAGCCUCUACCACCACAGCAGCGGCGCCGCCAUGCGCCGCCUGUCCUCCAACUCGGCAGAGCUCGGCUCCACGCAGCCUCUCAGACAAGUUGAAGCGGCGAGCUCCACCACAGGCCCCGAAGCGCUGGCGUCCGACCGGGGGAGUCACCCGCUGCCCGGUAGAAACCCGUCCUCCUGGUCCAUCGAGGAGGUGAUGCAGUUCGUCAGGGACGCCGACCCCACGGCGUUGGCUCCCCACGCCGAGCUCUUCAGAAAACACGAGAUCGACGGCAAAGCCCUGAUGCUGCUGCGGAGCGACAUGAUCAUGAAGUACAUGGGUCUGAAGCUGGGGCCGGCGCUGAAGCUGUGCCACCACAUAGAGAGGCUGAAGCAGGGCAAGCAGUGAGAGGCCCCCUGCCGGGCCCAUGAGCAAUAACACACACACACACACACACACCCCCCGAAGGGGUCGGAGUCUGGAUGCCGACUCAUGGGGCGAGCAGGGGUUCCACGUUCCUCUCCACUCGGCUCGGAGGACACAGUCGAUGUUACAACUCCGGAGCGGAGGAAGUGCGCCGUGCAUUGCUGAAACGUUACCUCAUCAACCUCAUCAGUGAACGCAAAGCUGUCGGAGUCUCGCAGACGCCGCUGACCCCAGAUCCCAAAGGAACAGGAGCCCGGUAGUGUUUACAUCGCAUAGCACAUGUGCACAUGUUUGUUUGGGUUAUUUUAUUUCCUUUUUUUUUUUUUUUUUUUUUUUUUUGUAGUUCGUUUUGAUGGAGAUUAAAUCUUUUUAAUCCUAGUUUUGGAUCCCCAAAGAUGGAGAAUGUUUCUUCUUAUAUCAUGUUUUUAUCGUUGUGGAAUUUCCAGUUAAAAAGGAAGGAUUGGUAUAGAAAAAGAAAAACGGACAAAAAAAUAAAAAAAACCUUUGACGUUCUUCCCCACACUCUAGAAGAGACUUUGGACGCCAUUUCUCAUGAGUGUCUUUGUGGUGUCUUCCUCUCCGAUGAACCCAAACGUCAUUCCGCUUGUUUGAUGAACUCGACUGAAGUUUUAAGCCCUCUUUUUUUUUCUUUUUUCUUGUCACCAUUACCUUCUUCUCUGACACACUGAACUAUUCCUGCGUGCAUCUGGCAGAUUAACCUCCUGCUCCGUCAUGCAGUUCAAUGUCAAACCAUUUGUAUCCCGAGCCUUGGCUCAAGUUUUUUUCAAUUUUAACGGACAGAAUGUUUCGGAAGGGCUUUCUUAACGAUGUAAUAUUUUUAUUUGUCACGUAUUAUUAACUGGAUGGUCUGCCUGCGACCUCAGUGUUGUCUCUCCUGACCAUUACAAUCACUGUUAACAAUGAGAACAGAUGUGUACAGUUUUAUGGGUUUAACCAUGAAUAUCAGCUACAGAAUGUACAUUUUGUAGAAACUUUAAUAUUUUAAGGAAAUCAUAUACCUAAGUUAGAAAUUUGAAGAUUAAGGGGAUGGGGUGAAUAUUUCACGAUGGAUUCCAGUCUUCUUUUUGCUACUUAACGCAGUGCUUUUAGUUGAGAUACUCCCAGUACUAGACUCUGCCUUGCUUUACCUAUGACAUUUCUCAGGUUUACGUGCUCUUUGUUAGUAAAAGCUUUUGUAGCAUACUGUUUAUAAUAUACUUAAAGGUAUUUUUCCUGUUACCCCCACCCCCCCUCACCUCGGCCCUCACUUAAAAACGAGUCUUGUGCCAUAUAAUCAGCGUAGGGUUGAAGUGCUGUUUGAUUUCUCCCUCUUGCAUCUUCUUUAAAGUACUUGAAAAAUGUGUGUUGCAAAAACACUGCAGUCAACUAUGUCACACAAGAUAAACAGUGUGUUUAUGAUAUUGUGUAUUUUUUGUUUUAUAUGAACCUUCCAAAAAUUAAAAGGUGUACAUGUGUCUUAAAUGAC